AUGGCACCGCCGGACUCGCCUCGCGCCGACGCGCCAACGACAAACGCCUAUUACCUCACUCACGAGGUGCCUCGAUGGAUCGCGUCGUAUUCAACCGCGCCUGCUACAGUGCCCGUCAUUCCCGCCGCAAUCACCGCCGCCACUCCGUUCCCGUUCCUUUCGACUGCGCUCAAGCCGCUCCCGUUCUCCGCGCUACCCACCGCCGCCACCGGCGCGACAGCCGCGACCACGCUGGCCCCCCUCACGGCCUCCCUUCCUCUUUCCCCCCCGUCUUCCGCCCACUUUCCGCGUUCCGCCCAUCUUCCCCCUCCUCCUUUCUCAAAUCUCCCGUCAUCCGGGUCCGCCCAUACGUUUCUCCGCCCACGCGCAUCUUACGCCGUCGAACGCGCCGUUCCCGAUGCUGACAACCCAUUUUCAGCUUUCCCCUUCUCCACGCAACAACCAGGAGGCUUCAUCUGCCACCCGUCCCCGUUCUUCCCGGGAUAUCCCCCUCCGCUUCCGCCGACCGUUCUUGCCGCCGCAUCCGCGGAUGCCGCCGCCACCACCGCCGACGCCGCUGCCGCCGCUCUACCGUCAUUUGCGGAUGCGUCCCCUUUGCUUGUGAGGCCGCGGCCUCGCAACGCGAUAUCCGCGCUGCCGCGAGUAAUUCCCGGCCAAUUAGAAUCAACUCGCAGGAUCGACGAGUACGAAGAUGAUGCCGCAGCCCACGGCGCAAAUCCCGCCGCAUUCGACGGCGCGGAUCCCGCGGAGGCCGCUGCUGCAGCCGGCGCCGAGCUGGGCGCACGCGAGCUCGCCGCGAUUCGCGCGGUGAUUUUGCGACACGAAGCCGCGUUCCGCGAGCAAGUCGCGGAGCUGCACGCGAUUUGCGGCGUGCAACGCCGGCUGAUGACAAUGGCUCAUCCCUCCGACAAGACGGGUGAGGCACCGCGUACCGCGGGAAACAUCACGGCGGGGCAAGAGGCAGCGAGGGGCGGCAGGGAAGCAGGGAGCGAUGAUAUGAGGGGAGAUUCGAGAGGCGCGGAUGUGGGGGGAGAUGGCGGAGCGCGGGCGGGUAUGGCGGAACAGGAUAGCCCGCGGCUGGAAACGGCGAGCCGCGCGGGAGUGCUUCUCUUCGAUUUGGAGCAGCUUCCUGGAAACGAAGACGCGGAAGAGAUGGCGGAGGAAGGGGAGAAUGGGAACUCGUGCGUUCGAGACCCACGCGCUUCGUUGAUCGCGUCACCUUCGCCGGUACUAGCUCCUGCGCCUGCGCGCACGCCGCCGUCUUGCGCCGUCCCCACGCCCCCGCACGCGCACUCCGCCAACGGAGUUCCGCCUCCGCCAGUCCGCGCACCAGCUGCUGCAGCGGGCACAACAUGCUCCGCGGAUUCAAGCGCGGGCAGCCACGCGGGGCGUUGCCGCGGGGGAAGGCGGAAGAGACAAACCCCGUGCGAUAACAACGCGGCCAACGCGCGGAAGGGGGAAAACUGUGGCGCGGACGGGGCGCCGCCUGCGGAGAGCGACGCCACGUCAGCAUCGGGCGCGUUGGACACGCAUGGUAACAGCAUGCCACGUCAGCGUGGAGCGCCAGGCGCAGGCUACCUCCAUCCAUCCAUGCUCGGCUCAUUCCCACCGCCCCAACCUACACCCUACCGCCUCCCACUCCCCAGCACCACGCUCAACCCUACUGCCAUGAUGCUGCAACCAACCGGCUCAGCAGGGGAAGGAGCAGGGGGGAGACGGCCAGGUGGGAGCGCGGGAGCAAACGGGGAUGUCCACGCGGGGUUCAAGAAGCCGCCUCCCCUGGUGCUGGUGAGGGAUGGCAGCAGCAAGCAGCAGCGCCUGCUGCCGCCCGACCAAGCAGCCAAGGCAUUCCCGGGGUAUGCUCACGAGCCUACACCAGGCAGGCGGCAGAAGCAGCAGCAGCUCCCGGGGCAAGGCAGCGUGGCGAGCCCUCAUGGAGGAGUUGGUGGGGCUGCAGGUGCUGCUGGUGCUUCCGCUGCUGCCAGCAGACAGAAACAGCAGCAGCAGCUGUUGCUGCAGCAGGGGGGUGUGUCUGUGCCAGUGCACAAACACGCGGGGUCUUCUAGGGAUGAGGGGAACGGGGUGGAGCAGCUGGGUGGUGAGGGUGAUGAUGUGAUGGAAGAGAGGAGUGGAGGCAGUGCGAGUGUGGAGAAUGGGGAGUCGGGAGAUGAAGGAGAGGCGGUGGUGGACCCUGUAGGGCUUCCAGAAGCAGCUGGCUGCCUUGGUUAA